GGGCGGCGGCGGCGGGGCCGGGCGGUGCGUCCCUCCCGCCCCGGCCGCCAGCCCCGCCGGCACCAUGGGCUGCUGCUGCCGCCUCCUCCUCGCCCUCCUCCUCCUCCCGGCAGGACUGGGCAAUGACUCCACAGCAUCACCCCUCGCCCCCACCCGCCCUCCCUUCCCCUCGGAGAGGAUCCCGGUGGGGCCAGGCUCCAGGGAUGCAGAUGUCUCCACACCGGCUCCUCGCCAGCCUUCACUGUCCGUGUCCACAGGAGCUGCCAGAGAUGGGGUGUCCUCUGGGCUAGCGGAGAGGGACGGCCGCAAUGCCACCCCCACAGCAGCACUGUCCCCUGCUCCUGCCUCCAUCAACGUGAGCUCCACCGCCGCAGCCGCCAUCACCACAGCAGACAGCCCACCCGUGGCCUCCAACCCCAGCUCGGUGCCACCGACCUUGGAGACAGCCCCAGGUCUUCGGACAGCAAAUACUGCCACCUUGGCAAGAGGCACGAUGGAUUUGGGGGCAGCUGCCAGCCCCACGCGUAUACCUGCGUCCUCCUCCUCCUCCCUCCCCACCAGCGACCUGUACUCAUCCACUGGGACGGUCUUGUCCCCAACGCCUGUCCUCACGAACCCCCGCACGACCCAGCCACCGACGCCGACCAAGGAAUUCCCUUCCCUGGGGACGGUGGCCAUGGCAUCGAGCCUGGCCGUGGAGCCAACGUCCCCCCCAGUGACUGUGACUGACCCCACCACAGCCGAGGCCACGGCCAUGGGCAAAACCACCCUCUCCACCGGCGUCACCAUGGAAGAGGUUCCCCGUGCCUUGAGCGCAGGGAGCAUCGUGGCCAUAACCGUGACGGUCAUCGUGGUGGUGGUGCUGGUUUUCGGGGCGGCGGCGUACCUCAAGAUCAGGCACUCCUCCUACGGCAGGCUUCUGGAUGACCACGACUACGGCUCCUGGGGCAACUACAACAACCCUCUCUACGACGACUCCUAGCAGGGACGAGGAAAAAAAAAAAAAAGAAUAAUAAAAAAAAAAAUAUAUAUCCUUAAUUUAUAAGCGCUUCUGCAGCAGAGCAUCCGCUGUCGGGGAGAUGGCCAGGCACCGAGCCACUGCUGUGGGCAGGAUGACGGCGGGUCCGGCGGACGCCAGGCAACCGGAGGGCGUGCGUGUGUGCAGUGCCUACAAUAAACCUGAAUUUUGGCGUUUGUGUAGGAAA